UCAUCAGAAUUGACUUAAAAGUAAUUGAAAUUAAUUAAAAUAACAAAAAGGAAACAAAAACAAACAUGACGUGCAAUAUUUAUAGCCACAAAACAUUUUCUCAAAUUAAAAUCAAAUAAUUAAAACAUUAUCAAUAGAAAUAUCGAUAUGAAUUCAAACAACAACAAAAUUACAUCAAAGCCGGCAAAUUUUAUAAAAUAUCAAGAAAGUUAACAAUAUGACCGAAAUAACGUUGGCCGUGAUCAAGCCGCAUGUACUGCGCAACACAUACGCCCUGCAGCAGAUCAAAUCCCUGAUCGAACAGAACUUUCGAGUGCUCGACCAGAAGGAGGUUCACAUUACGAAAGACCUAUCGGAUCGUUUCUAUGCGGAGCACCAGGGCAAGUUCUUCUACCACCGCCUGACCAGCUUCAUGAACAGCGGCCCCUGCUAUGCACUCAUACUGCAGUCGGAGGGCUCCAUUCAGAAGUGGCGUCGCCUGAUGGGACCCACCAAAGUGUUCAGGGCCGUCUAUACCGAACCGCAGUGCAUACGUGCGCUCUAUGGCCUCUCCGACACACGCAAUGCCUGCCACGGAUCGGACAGCGAGGCCUCGGCCCUGCGGGAGAUUGGCAUCCUGUUUCCGGAGUUCGAUGUGCUGGCCACUGCUGACCGCAAGGCCAAAAAGGAGACGUAGUAGGGACGUUACACUAGUCAUUUAUUAGCCAAAAGUUUGGCCCAGCCUUUUUGUAAUUAUAAGACACCAUCUGUGAAUAUUUGGAGAGCCCUUAAAUGCUGGCUUUUGUUGCAUUUUCGGUCGGCAGUGCUGCACUCCUGUAGAAUGGAACUCCCACGUGUCUGGAACUACCUCUGCUCAGUCGAGAGCCGUACACUGGCUGAUGAGCUGUAGGACUGCUGAAGUUCUAGUCUCAGAAUCGAGCUGUAACUGGUCCAAGUAGAGUACCGGACCGGACUGGACUCGAUCGAUUAUUCGUAACCCAGUGCAGUGCCUCUACCAUUGUAUUUUGUGUUUUAAAAACUUUAUUUCAUUAAUUUCUGGUUUUACAUAAUACAAUUCUUUACUCAUUUAUGUUCUAUGUGGUAGGUACAUGUAUAGAUAGAGAUUUUCGAUUUGUUUCUGGUUACCGAUUUAUCUCCGUUGUAAAUAGUUUUGUAAUUGUAAUAAAAAUUAUAAAAUUUAUAAACUUAACAAAUUAUACAAAUAUCUACUCGUAUUUGUGUGUGUGUGUCUGUGAGUUUAGCUGUAGUGUCCCUAUAUAAAGAUAUAGAUAUAUAGUAGGUAUAUAUAUGUUUGUAUUGUAUAUCGGUUCAGACAAUUGAUAGAGAAGCAUCGCCAAGAAAUGGAAAACAGAAACCGAGAAAAAAAAUCAAACAUUUUAAAUUCAUUUUGUGGGUGCGAGCGAGACCACACACCCGUGGCAUCUGUCUGUCUGUCUUUUUCUAACUCGUGCGCGUAGGCGCAAAAAAAAAACUAUAAAAAAAAUCACUGAAAGGUAUAUAAAAAAAAAGGAGAUUUAAUCAUCUAAACAUUUAGUUUUUAGGUCUGAAGACAACAAUUUCUAAAACCUCUACAGACGAUGAAUAAAAAAAA